AUGGACGAAGAUUAGAAAGACUAGAAUAGCGAAAUUUAGAUGAAAAGGGCAGACUCUUAGGCAGGAGUGCUAGAAAUGUAACCGCCUUAGAUAGGUGUAGAGCAGACAUCUUAGCAAGUGCCAGAGGCGGAUCAGGAAGAUGAUGAUUGUAAGAUUAAAUUUGAUAUUUUAAAAUAGAGGUAGUAUAGACUUAAGUCGUAUAAGGGGAUCAAUAGGUAGUUUAAAAGAAUGGGGCUUAGAAUGGAAUGAAUUCUCAAUCCAACAUCCAUUAAUCAGCGAUAAUAAACAAGCAUGUUUAAGACAUGUUGGAUUAAUCAGUUUAUUAAGUUCCAAAACAUGAUGAAGUAGAUCCACCUAAGGAGGACGCACCAAAUCCUAUUUUAGAUUUGAUACCUGAAGAUUACUACCCUCCAGAUGACUGGCAGCCUGAGAAUCAGGAUUAGAUACCGCCUUUGAUUCAUCCUGACACAAUUUAAUUCCAUGAUUGCUUCGGAAUGGAUUCAAAUAAGAAAAGCAAUUUGUGGUUGAUAGAUUCAUAAACUUUUGUGUAUGCAAGUAGUAUCAGUUACCAUUUUUAUAAUUUUGUAUAAGGAACCAAUGAAAUAUUUUUCAGUAGAGAUGGGGGUGGUAUUGGUAGUGUUGCAGUUCACCCAUCAAGAAAAUAUUAUUCAGUGGCAGAGAAAGGAUCAUUUCCUAAUGUUUACAUCUAUGAUGCAUCUCAUAAAUUAUACAGAAUAUUAAUGAAGGGAACAGAACGAUCGUAUUCCAAUUCAAGUUUUUCCAAGGAUGGCGAUAAGUUUGCAACCGUCGGUUCCUCUCCUGAUUACUAAAUCUGCAUUUGGGAUUGGAGACAAGAGAAAAUACUCUUGAAGGCAAAAGCAUUUUCUUAAGAAGUAUACAAAGUAGGAUUUUCUGAAUAUAAUGUAAAUCAACUGGCUACAAGUGGUAUGGGUCAUAUUAAAUUUUGGAAGGUGGCAGAGACCUUUACAGGACUUAAAUUAAAAGGUGAAAUUGCAAAGUUUGGUUAAGUAGAGUUAUCAGAUGUAUAUGCUUUUUAUCCAUUCCCUGAUGGGAAAGUAUUGAGUGGAACUGAAUAUGGUCGUUUAAUUCUUUGGGAAGGAAAUGUAAUCAAAGUGGUCAUAGGAAUUUCAGAAGAGGAGCCUUGUCAUAAAGGAGCCAUUGAAUCCAUAUUCUUAUAUAAGGAUUGUAUCAUAAGUGGCGGAAAGGAUGGAUUUUUACGAUCUUGGAAGUUAACAGAAUUGGAUCAAGCGGAAGGAGAUGAUUAAUUAAAUUACUACACUCAACCUAUAAAAUCGUUAGAAUUGGUUGAUGAUGGAGAAAAUGCAUAAAUUAUUUAGGUUGUUACUGAUGAACAUUUUUGGUUGAUUGGUGAUCAAGGAGGUAGAGUUUGGAGAGUUGAUUGGGAAACUGGAAAGAAAGAGAUAGUAUACAGAAAUAACUCUGGUGCCUAUUUGGAUCUUGCACCUUCACCUUAGUUGAAUGCUGCCAUAACUGUUGGAGAUGAUGGAGCCAUUACUUUGUGGGAUUAUGUUAAGAGUGAAUAGACAUACAAACGUAAAUUUUCUAAGAAAGCUACUUGUAUCUAAUGGAUGCCCUUUACUAUGACUAAUAAGGGUAGAGUUGUGGUUGUUGGAUAUAGUAAUGGAAUAGUUAGAUUUUUGUUACUCAAUUAAGAUACUUUUGUGUUAUUGAAUGUCUAAAAAGUACAUCCACAUCCUAUUUAAAAAAUAAUUGUCGCCAGCAACACCAAUUAUGUUGCUGUGUUAUCCACAAAGGGAGAGAUAUUCUUUCUUAAAUACUCUGAUUCCAAUAUUCAAGACAUAUAAGCAUACUGUUUAUGGGAAACCAAACUUAACAUUAAUGAUUUCUGUUUUGAUAAAACUGGAACUAAAGUUUUGAUGGCUUGCAAGGAUGGUUAUCUUUAUGAAGCUGUUGUACCAAGUGAUGUCGAUAAUAGUGAAAAUUAUCUUUAAGAAUUUAAUGCUAAUAAAUAUUUAGUGAGAAUGAUGGAAUCUUAAAAACCUAAGAAAGAGGAUCUUGAUUUAUAAUUUCUAAUGAAGCUGAAAGAUGACAAAAUGCCAGAUGUUGAGUGGGAUCCUGCAAGCAUAAUGAAUGUUGUUUAUUAUGGAGAUAAGGUAUUUUGCACAGCUGAAGGAAAAUACUUAGGUUGUUGUUAUAUUAUUGAUCUUAAUAAAGAUAGACCAAUUGAAAUGAUUCCGAUAUAAAAGAUGUAGACAUAUCAUUUGGAUUAUAAAGAUGAUGUAUUGACAAUAGGAUAUAAAAAUGGGCAGUGGGAUAUUCGUCACAAAACAGAUUUUAAUAAAUAGAUUAAUAAAUAAUCACAUGAUAUGGAUUAUGGUCGUGUUCGUAAAGUAGGUUUGACUUUUGAUAGAACUGGAGUGUUGAGUGUAAGUGAUGAUGGAACAUUCUAUGUUUACAAGAUAGAUUUCUAAAAUUUCUUAAUGUAAUUGAGUGGUAAUGAGGUUACAGAUUUUCAAUACCCAGAAUUUACGAUGGGGAUUAACAGUGGAACAUUUGCUGAAGAAAUUGCCUUUGAAGAAGCUCAAGAUAUUUUGGAUGAUACUAUCUAUUCAAUUCAAUAAGCAAAAUUGUUAGCUGAAGAAGACAAUCGAAGAAAUGAAGCAAAUAAGAAGAAGGAAACCGUUAAAUCUCGUAUUUUGUAAUUAAGAGAGCAAUUCUCAUAAGUGAGACAGAAGAAUCAGACAGCAGAAGAUGCUGCCAAAUUGACGGAAGAUGAAUUGUGUGUCGAUCCUGAGUAUAAGCAGAUGUUGUUGGACAGAGUAGCUGAAGAUGUUGAGGAAACCAGAUUAGAAUUAGAGUGGGAUAGAACCUUGGCAAAAAUGAAGGCUGACAAGUUGAAAGCAUAUAUGAUUGAUGAACUAGAGAUUGACAAAUUUAUGGUUAAAGGAUUCAGAAACUAAGCUUCCGUUUAGACAUUCAAAGUUAAAAAAUUAAGCAAUUUCUUAAUUGAACAAUUAAAGGAGACCUAUCGUUUAAUUGAAGAGGAACGAAAGAAUCAAGAAAAUCAACCUUAGAUUGAGAACAAGACUUAAGAGAAAAUUUAAGUACAAUCACAGGUCAAAAUUACAGCUGUUGAUAUGAAAGAAGAUUAGUAAAAGGCUACCAUCUAAUAAAUGGAUCCUGAUUAAAAAGUUCCAUAAGCUAAGUUGGAGAGGGAAAGAUUACGAUAGGAAGAGGAAAGAAUCAAGAAGGAGUAGGAGUUGCUUGAGAAAUCAAAACCUAUUGAAUUGGCAAAACCAGAAAAUGCUCCUGAUAUUUAGGAAGCCAUUAAAUAAUAUGGGGAUUAUAAGUUGAAGAGUUCACCUAAUUAUGAAGUACCUGACAAUUAAAGAAUGAAUGUCAGUAAGAAAAGAAAACAUAUGUAUAUGUUAGAAGAAUUCAUUUAUAAUACUAAAUUGAAAUUCAAUUAAUAAUUAUUAAACUUGAAAAAGAGAAAAGUCAAUUUGAUAGACAAGGUUAAGAAAUACAACUAAUAAAUAAAGAAGAUCAAUGAAUAAUUGGGUAAGCAAGAACAAUUGUUCUAACCAGAAAUUGAUAAGGAAUUGGAAGAUCCACAUAGCUUUAUGGAAAUUAGCGAUGAACAAAUCAAUGAGUUCAUCAGUAAAUUGUAAUAGUAAUAAUAAAAGAAGGAUGAACAAAAGAGAAUUGCUCCUGCUUAGAUUUCCAAGCCAGCUGAAUAAAAUUAGAUUAAGACAAGAAAGGGUAUUAGAGUGUAACAAUCAAGUUUGGAAGAAGAAAUGAAGACUAUUCAAGAUAUGGUAUUGAAUGCAGAGAAAUAAAGAAUGAUUGAUGAGAUGUAAGAAGAAAUCAUUCAAUUUGAUAAAGAUGUUGUUAAAUGUUAAAAUGAGAAGAAUGUUCUUGAAAGUGAUAUGUUGAUAGCUCAAAUGAAAUUAGUAACAUAUUACUAAGAAUUAAUCAUUUUAGAGGAUAUGGAGGACUUUGAUAAUAAAUUGAUAAAGGAAGUGUUAGAUUUUAAGAAGGAAAAGCAGAAUCUGGAAUAAUAAGUUGAGAAAAUCUUGGAGAAUCUUGCAACAUUAUAGAAGAAAGAACAAUAAAAUGAUAAAGAUUUGAUUGAAUAAUUAAAGGCAUGGAAGGAGUUGGUGCAUCCUGAUGAUGAAUAGAAGAGAAAUAAAAUUCAUGAUUAUUAUCGUAAGAAAUUCAAGAGAGAAAUGUUGAAGAGGUUAAAGAAACAAUAAGAGAAGGAACAUUCAGAUUCUGAGGAGAAUGAAGAUGAUGAGGAAAAUGAAGAUGACAAUGAUGAUGAUAUAGUAUCUGAUGAUGACGAAGAAGAGAAGCCUGAUAUCUCACCAGUAGAAUAAGAUCCAAAAGUCAGAGAUGUCAUUGAAAAAAUCUGUGGGUUGGAAGAAUAGCAGGAUAAUUUCAAAUAGGAAAAAAUACAGAACGAGUAAUAGAAGUCUAAAUUAGCCAAUAAGAUUGCUUAAAAUGAUAUAUAUUUGAAGAGAGCCAAUGAUGAUUUGACUCAAUAUUAAAGAAAGAAAUUACAAAGAGUAAAUCAAUUGGAUGUUAGUUUUGUGUUGAAGUUAUCUUAGGUUCAAAAUCUUAAUGAACAAAAGUAAUUACCUGCUGAUCUGAAUAAAUCUAUAUUAUUUACUGAAUAUGAUUUCUUCAAACUUUGCAAAAGAGUUGUUGAAUUGAAACAUGAAUAAGGAAAAAUUACAAAAUAAAAGGCUUAAAAAGACAAAACCAAGAAGAUGUAAGAGAAAGAAAUUAAAUUGAAAGAUUUAAAGAUUGAAGAUUUGAAUAAAAAAUAUGAAGAAAAGCAUAUGCUUAAAUUUGGAGAUAUCAUUGAUCUUAAAAUACUUGAUGCUUUAGAACCAACGAAAGCUGUAUUGGAUAUGAGAGCAUAAUUCAAUUAGGAAGAAAAGGAAGCUCAAAGAAAGGUUUCUAGAGCUAAGGAAGAGCUGUCCAAAGUCAAACAAUAGCUAUUAGAAGUCAAGAGAGAAAAUACUAAGAUUUUCACAAACAUAACAAAAUUAGGAAAAUAACAAAUGGAUUUAAGUAAGAAACUUACAUCAGGCAAUAAAUAAUUGUUUAAAGGUGAUAAUAAGGAGAAAAGAUCAGAUAUGGAGAGUGAUAGAUAGAGUUUAGAGGAUCUGGUCAAAUUUUUGGGUAAAGAGAUUGAAGACCUUAAAAAUGAAAUUGGAUUAUAUAAGAAAAAAGGUAUCUAUUCAAAAUAUAAAUAGGUGGACAUAUUUAUACAAGUAUUACAUAAACAAAUCAAAACUUUGUUUAGAGAUGAUAUCUAAAUCCA